AUGAAUAACGGUACUUCAGACGUUUUCUGUACGGAAGUUUCUCUUUUCACCAACAGGCAACAAAAGGAACAAGAAUUACACUUGCUGAAAUAUGCUUUGUCAACAAAAGAAGAUGCAGCUCAAGCCUUGGGGCCUCUUGAUCAACCUCCGCUAAAAACACCCCAAGUUCCAUUUUUUGUAACCAAAGAACGGAUCGCAAAUACUGGCGAUUGCUACGUCCUUGUACAAGGAGAUCAACAGGGCGAAUCCAAAAUUGAUAGAUUUGGUAAGUUAUUGGGAAGCCGUCAUUUCUUAUUCUCUACUUUCAGUUUAAGUAAUAGGCCAAGACAAGCGUAUGUGAUACUAGAAGACUUGCUUAGAUGUCUUGGUGUCGAUUCGCCCUCUGAGCAAUUCCUACAGCAGCAUCAGCAGCUUUUUGGAGUUAGUGCAAACCCAGUAGAAAAACUAGCCCUGAAGGAAGCCAAUUUGAUAAAAGAAACUGAACUUGAAAGAUCGCAUCUUUUCGUUACGGCCAAAUCCGUCUUUAUGCUCUUUGGAGCCCGCGUUAUUCUGGGAGGUGCAAGACUCGUAGAUGACUAUUGGGAAGGGGCCGUUAAAGAGCAGGGUUUCUCACCGCAUUCUCGUGUCUUCUCAAUCAGCGCCAAAGUCUUUGAAAUCGCGAAGCAACUGAAGCCUACUUCUCAGCUAACAAACGAUGAAGAGGAACUUGAAGAAAUCUCGUCUGAACCGCCAUAUGUGGUUGUCUCAGAACAAACGUCUCCCGAAAUCAGACAAGAAUACGCCCGUCAACUGGCGCAAGGAGAGCGCCAAGAACUAAUAAUACCUGGUCAAAGCAUCGUUGGCUCGCUCGAAUUAAGCGCGCAGUCAAAACUUCCGAAAUAUCACAGCAAGAUCUCGCUGCAAGCAGCGACCCAAAUGGGAAUUCAGGAUACUCCGAUCGGCAUAAUGCCAGUUGCACCAGCGGCUGCAGGAGCGACUUCUAAUCCAGAAAAAAUUGAUAAAGAGUCAUCUGAUGCUACACGAGAUGCUUUGGUUAUAUCAAAAGUGGAUAAAGGUGGUAUCACGCAAUGGGUAAAUUCAGGAAUAGUUGCUCAGGAUGUUUCAUUGAACAUCAACGGGUGGAAAUUUGAUUCUCUUCCGGUGAAGUCGACCAAGAAUGAGGAUUUGAAAUUUUCCAUCAAGGGUUUGCCUCUUUAUGAUAGCGCCAAACUAGCAGAGCGGUUGAAAAGGCUAACUCCCAAUGAAAUAAACGAAAUGCAACAUCUACACGAUGCCGUCUAUCUCAAUACAAACCUCCAGAAUGCUCGAAAAAUCAGAAAGAUGAGAUGGACAAAAUACUGGCAGUACAAGGCAGGGUUGCCUAUCGGUUUGACAGAUCAACAAUGUGGUCCCGCCUUGGACAAAUAUUUUGAAAGGGCCGCUAAUCACGUCGAAGUAGUAAGAAGCAUUAACACUAGUUUGAACAAAGAGGAAGUGAAAUAUAUGAGGAAAAUACCUAAUGCGAAUUAUAAAGGCCGCUCUAAUAAUACAGGCGUGAAGCCACCCUAUGUUAAUGAAUGA